AGAUUUAAAUUAAUGUUCAAACCGAAUUAGAAGAUGAUGGCAUAAAACCAUGAAACUAUAAGUUUGUUUGCCUUCCAUAAAAAUACAGAAAAAAAAAUAUAUAUAUAAUGUAAAUUGUCUAAGGGACAAAUUUGAAAAAGGCAUUCAGCCUUCUGAGCUAGAACUCAAUUCAGACAUUAAACAAGGAAAAUUAGCCUGAAUGUAAAUGUUUCGUUUUAAAUGGAAGAUUGAAAACUAAGCUGGGCUUUUAAACUAAUGAUUUGUCUGUGUAACUGAAAAUGGUCAGUCUAACAGACUGCUGUGAAUUUAAAUCUGAAUAAGUACCUUUAACAGUUCUAACACCUUUUGUUCUGUUUUCACACCUCUGAGGGCACUUUUCCUGUAUUCGCCAUGGCUGAGUCUGCACAAAACAAAGGCAAUAGUCAUGCAUUGAGGCCAACAACAGAAAGACAUGGAACAGAACCUCCAAAUCGUUACCAUGUUACCAUUGAUCAGAUGUUGGAGAAUCUGAAUGCAUAUCUGGACAAAAGGCUGGGACUGAGGAAGUUCCAUGAUGACAUCUGCCAGAAGUACAGCAUCAAGUACUCAGAGAGUGGACUAUGGGCUUUGCCGGACAUUAAAAGGGCUUAUGGAAAGAUGCAGCGCUUAAGGACAUACACCAACAGAGAUGGCUUGUCUGUAAUUUUGCUCAAACAAAUUCGACAGCAUCUACAGAGAUGUGAAACUGACAAAUUACAACAUGAGAAAAAAGCAGAGAAAGCAAAGGUUCGAGCACUGGCUGAACAAUUACAGACUGUAAAGAAGGACAAAGAAAGACUGUUACAUCAGAAUGACAAGUUGUUAACUUUGCUCUCCAAACGACUGGAAUCAAAAGCUUCAAGCAGCUCUGAUAACAGUGAUGCAGAUAUCAACACACAUACUGAAAUUACAAAGGACAAACUGAAGGUUAGACUUGCUCCUGUAAUUAUUAAGAACAGAAGAACUGAAACUGAAAAUGAAGAGGAGUAUGAGGAAGAUGGUGAACGACGAACUCGCACAGUAAAAAAGGUAAUAAAGAAAUAUGUUCCAUACAGAACAUACCAGCCAGCUACUCCAGAGCAAGUUGACAAAUGGUCAAAAGAAUUGCCAGAUGUGUACAAGCAACCACGGAAAGUAUGGCAAUUUCUUCAACGCUUGCAGAAAAUCUACAAUUUACAUCCACUGGACAGUGUGAUGAUAGUUAAUGUGAACUUAAGAGACAAUGACCAACAACGACUUACAGAAAGUGUUGAAAGAAGGAUUGGUGAAUCUCAAGAAAACAUUGAAGCUGGAUGGGAAGCGGUUCAAACCUUCUUAUUUGAACUGAAACCUGCAGAGGUUAAUUGGGCUAAAAUUACCUCUUGUGUGCAGAAGACAGGAGAAAGUGUUGCAGAGUUUGAAGAACACUUCAGACAAACUUGGAUGGAACAUGCUGGUUUGAACAACAACAUUGAAGAACUCUGUGAAGACACUAGCAUCCCUUUUAAAACCAUAUUUGUGAAUGGACUGAAACCUGAGGUUUCUAAAACUCUUAAAAUCAGGUAUGAUGACUGGGACAGCACUGGAACAACAUUUAUGCAGAUUGUAGAAUGGUCAGCAAAGAUUGAAAGAACACAGGAAGUCGAUCUCAGAGUUUUACAAUCCAAAACCUUGUCAUACAACUACAGGACAAUGGGAUACGAAAAAAGUGAAUAUCAGAGACACUCAAGAGAGAAAACUCAGGAAAGAUUUAGACAUUGCAACGAGGAAGGACACUGGAUUCGUGAUUGUAAGCUGAGUUUGAGACAAAGUGAUGACGACCACCUGUUGAAGAGGUUUCAGCAGUUGACAGCCAAACAAAAACAGACUCUGCUAAAUGCUGUGGAGCCACAGGGAAACUGAAGAACCUCUCUCUGCAGCACCAGCUAGUGACAUCUUAUCCAAAAGCUGAUGGACUCCAUGAAACCUCAACAACUGAAGCCACAGAGGAUGUCCUAGUAGACAGUGCUGCUAAACAAGCCGUAAAGGAGAGAGGUAAACAUGCAGCGGCAUUAAGACAACUUCAGCAAAACUCACAAACUGUUCUACAUAGUAAACAGAUUCAAAUUGAAUUGGCCAGGAAACAAUCAUCAUUGUUAAUGGAAGAUGUAAAAAAACAUGAUGACAAACGAUGCCUUAAGGAAAAC